AUGCAUCGAAAGCUACAGAUUCCUUUUUUCCUUUUAACAUGGAUUGAUUUCUCCCUUUCAAGCUGUCCUCAAGGCGGAAUUCCCGGUGCUAUUGGGGGAAGUUGUCUAUUCGCUGUGAAAUUUAAUGCUUCCUUCGAAAAUGCUCAAGAAUUUUGUUCAAAUUACUUCGGCAAUUUGGUCUCAAUUCGUUCAUCGGAAGAGAACAAGAAACUUUUGGAAGUGGCCAACUUGUUACCUGAAUCAACGAAAUUCAUCUGGUUGGGCGGAACUUUUGAUGGAGCGAAAAUCACGUGGAUCGAUGGAUCCACUGGAGGAUUCUCUUAUUUAACUUAUGGUUCACUGGCUGGGAAUCUUUUGCUGAAUCUGACAAGCGGCAAAUGGACGACGUCGAAUUGGAAUGGAAUGUUUCCAUUCGUUUGUCUCAGCCAACCACAGGUGGAUUCAGUUGAUCCGAGCAAUCAGCCUCCGAAUUGCUCCCUCUAUUCACCAUGUCCAACGGAUUGGGUCUACUCUGAAAGACUAAAAUUUUGUUACAGGGUGGUAUUUAAUGUGGAUUUCACGACAGCCGAUCAGAAUUGCCGGCUGAUGGGCUCACAAUUGGCGUCGAUACAUUCGGAAGAGGAAAACGAUUUUGUGAAUGGUAAAUCGGCCGUUUAUUGGGCAUCGCAGAUGCCCGAACUGAACCUCUCCUUGGAGGAAAAAGAACGGGACCCGGGAAAACCGAUUGGAUGUGGG